GCUAGACAAGGAAACACGAGCAGUCCCGACCCGAGAGAGAAAGAGAGUCGCGGGAGCAACGGCCGCCUUCCUUGUGUUGUGCCCUUGUUGCUUCCUAACCUAGCCAAGCAACCAGCCCUAACCGAUUGCCGUCUCCAUCCGCGUUCAUCCAUCCAGGGCAUUCUUCGCCGCUAAGCAAGCGCCACCUCGGGUUCGAGGCGGAGAGGGGUCCCUGCCGUUUCAGAUUUCUGCAAUGCUCUAGCCCCGGUGAUCUCUGCCGUUUCGACCCCGGUGCUGGAUUCCUCGAUGGUGGGGGUGCUGUCGAAUCGGGUGGGCCGGGAGGCCCUCGCCGCCGGGGAUCACAUCUACUCGUGGAGAACCGCCUACAUCUACGCCCACCACGGGAUAUAUGCUGGAGAUGGAAUGGUUAUCCAUUUUACGAGAGCGGCUGGACAUGAAAUUGGGACAGGAACAUUCUUAGACAAGUUUCUGUUCAGCUCAUCCCCGACUACAGCGGAUGGACCUCCUUGUGAGAAAUGCGGGCACCUCAUCAAGCCUCAGGGCGUCAUAAUGUCCUGUCUUGAUUGCUUCCUGGACGGGGGCAGUCUCUACCUCUUCGACUAUGCUGUGUCGCCUCCUUUCUUCCUCGCCAAAGCACGUGGAGGAACGUGCACUAUGGCACCCUCUGACGCUGCUCAGCUUGUUGUCCACCGUGCCAAACACCUCCUCAACAAUGGCUUUGGUAUGUAUAGCCUGUUUAAGAACAACUGUGAAGACUUCGCGAUAUACUGCAAGACGGAGCUGCUCGUCGAGACUGCUUAUAGCGUUGGACGCAGUGGGCAGCUGGCAUCCCUGACGGCUGCAUUCAGUGCGGUGGCUUCUUCGCCGCUGCGUUUCCUGACAACUAGUGCUAGUGGUCUGGCAAUUGUGACAAGCGGCAUGUAUUGCGUGGGGCGAUAUGUGUCAGACAUGGGUGUUCGCCGUGAUGUGAUCAAGGUGCCUGUGGAAAGGCUUGUAGAGCACUGGGUGAACAAUGUCACUCCUGCUCUUCCUCAAGGGGCCACACAGGUGGAGACGGCAACACCAACACCAACACCAACACCAGGAGGCUCGCCGGAGCUACCAGGGGAAGGGGAGCUUGCUAAAAUGGCAACGCCAGGAGGCUCGCUGGAGCUACCAGGGGAAGGGGGACUUGCUAAAAAGUAAAGCGUUAUUUAGCUGCGGUAUUGUCGUUCGUCGAUUUGGCUUUGUGAGGAUUGCUGCUCAAUUCCCUUAUCAGUGUGUUCCAUGCAGUUCUUCAUGUAAAUUAAUCUGCCUCUGGAAGAAGUUGGUCGAUCUGGCUGUGACGAUUUGCUGCUUAAUCCCCUUAUUAGCUUGCUGCAUGAACCUCUUCAUGCAAAUUAAUCUACCUCCGAAAGCAGCGAUAUGUCUACUUUGCUUGUAUGAAAUCUUACGAUGUAAGGCGGGAACUUUUAGCCAGGAUUUGUCUUGGCACAUAUUUGAAUUAAACCAUGUGAUGUCAUAUA